UUUAGAGUUUGCAGUUUGUGCAGGCUGACUAACCUCAAAAAAUAAACUAAAUACACAAAAAGUGAAAAAAGAGGAUUUAAUAAAUUACACUUUCCUUAGUUAUAACUCACUGACAAGUUGCUAAAUAACUUCGCAUAGAAGUUCCAUAAACCACCACAAAGGUCUCUCAGUUUCAUACUUUUAACGUCAUCUAAACCUACAAAAUGAGGGAAGUGAUCUCAGUGCACGUGGGCCAGGCGGGAGGUCAGAUGGGGAAUGCGUGUUGGGAACUGUACUGUCUGGAACACGGAAUACAGCCGGACGGCCAGAUGCCCAGCGACAAAACCAUCGGCUGUGGGGAUGACUCGUUCAACACGUUCUUCUCCGAGACCAGUUCGGGCAAGCAUGUACCACGUGCCAUCUUCGUGGACUUGGAACCCAGUGUGGUGGACAUGGUGCGGACAGGGAAGUACAGACAGCUGUUCCAUCCGGAACAACUCAUCAGUGGCAAGGAGGAUGCGGCCAACAAUUAUGCCAGGGGCCACUACACUGUGGGUAAGGAGUACGUAGACCAGACCAUAGAUAGGAUCCGGAAGCUAGUGGACCAGUGCACUGGCCUGCAGGGCUUCCUCAUCUUCCACUCUUUCGGAGGGGGGACCGGGAGUGGGUUCUCCUCCCUCCUCAUGGAGAGGUUGUCGGUGGAGUAUGGGAAGAAGUCCAAGUUGGAGUUCGCCGUCUACCCUGCGCCCAAAAUAUCCACUGCGGUGGUGGAGCCCUACAACACAAUCUUGACUGCCCACACUACCCUGGAGCACUCGGAUUGUUGUUUUAUGGUGGACAAUGAGGCCAUCUACGACAUCUGCAGCAGAAACCUCGACAUUCCCAGACCCACUUACACAAACCUCAACAGACUAGUUGCUCAGGUUGUGAGUUCAAUUACCGCCUCCCUCCGAUUCGACGGGGCCCUCAACGUGGACUUGACUGAGUUCCAGACCAAUCUGGUCCCCUACCCUCGAAUCCACUUCCCCCUGGCCAGCUAUGCCCCUGUGAUCUCGGCCGAGAAGGCCUACCACGAGCAGCACACGGUGUCCGAGUUGACCUCGGCCUGCUUCGAUCCGUCUAACCAGCUGGUGAAGUGUGAUCCACGACAUGGCAAGUACAUGGCGUGUUGCAUGCUGUACCGCGGGGAUGUGGUGCCCAAAGAUGUGAACAGUGCAAUCAGUGCGAUCAAACAGAAGACCCAGAUCCAGUUUGUGGACUGGUGUCCCACUGGGUUCAAAGUCGGCAUCAACUACCAGCCCCCCACUGUAGUGCCCGAUGGGGAUCUAGCUAAAGUACAGAGGUCAGUGUGUAUGUUGAGCAACACGACUGCAGUAAGUGAGGCGUGGGCCAGAAUCAACCAGAAGUUCGACCUCAUGUAUGCUAAGAGAGCAUUCGUCCACUGGUACGUGGGGGAGGGUAUGGAAGAGGGCGAGUUCAGCGAGGCCAGAGAGGAUCUGGCUGCCCUGGAGAAGGACUACGAGGAGGUGGGGAUAGACUCCAAUGAGGAUGACGAUGAGGGGGGCGACGACGGGGGAGAGGGGGAGUUCUGAACAAGGGAGACUGAGUUAUGGAAGAUUAUAAAUAACUCAGAUAAUAUAAAGUUAUCCAAUUAUCAAUUAUUUUAAAAUACGAGACUGUGAUAUAUGAUGUUAAAUGGGUUCUUUAAUCACCGAAAGUUCAUUGCAGAAUUGGAAUUUUCAAUCUG